GAAAUUAGUCAAAUUUCUCACUUCAUCACUAACAAUAUGUUCCCUUCUCUUUUUGUUAUUCUCCUCUCUGUGUCAUGGAAAAGUAGUAGUACUUUAGCUUAUCCUUCUGAGGGGUUUCUUCAUUGCCUUUCCCUUCAUUUCGCUAACUCCACUUCCAUUUCAAAGCUCGUUUACACACAACGUAAUUCUUCAUUCUCCUCUGUUUUGAAGUCAUCUGCUCAAAAUUUCAGGUUCACAACACCAUCUACUCCCACACCUUUGUUCAUUAUAACACCACUGCAGCCAUCCCACAUCCAAGCAGCAAUUUAUUGCUCCAGGAUACAUGGACUGCAUGUCAGAACUCGAAGUGGGGGUCAUGACUUUGAGGGUCUUUCUUAUACUACAGCAAAUUAUAUAAUUCCAUUUGUUGUGAUCGAUUUGGUGAAUCUUCGAUCGGUUCAGGUUGACGUUGAAAAAGCUACAGCCUGGGUUGAAUCUGGUGCAACUAUUGGUGAAUUGUACUAUGGAAUUGCUCAGAAAAGUAGAACUCUUGCCUUUCCGGCUGGUCUUUUCUACACUGUGGGUGUUGGUGGACAAUUCAGUGGGGGUGGCUAUGGACCACUGUUUCGAAAAUAUGGUCUUGCAGCAGAUAAUGUAAUUGAUGCUCGUUUAAUUGAUGCCAAAGGGAGAAUUCUUGAUAGAAAAUCCAUGGGAGACGAUUUGUUUUGGGCCAUUCGAGGAGGUGGUGGGGGUAGCUUUGGGAUAGUCCUUGCUUGGAAAUUGAAAUUGGUAGCAGUUCCAGCUAAUGUUACUGUUUUUACAGUGAGGAAAACGUUAGAGCAAAAUGCGACCAAACUUGUUCAUCGGUGGCAGUCUAUUGCGCACAAGUUUCCUAAAGAAUUACUCAUGUCCAUUUUCAUAUCCAGUGUGAAAUCAAGUGAAGCCGAUAAGAAGAUGACAAUUCAGGCUAAUUUUAGUUCCAUGUUUCUUGGAAGCAUUGAUGAGCUUGUUCCAUUGAUGGAAGAAAGAUUCCCUGAAUUUGGACUAGUGAGAGACGAUUGCUUGGAAAUGAGUUGGGUUGAAGCCAUCCUUUCAGCCCAAGGAAGAGUACAGUUGGAAACUUUGCUUGAACGACAUCAAAAAACGGGUGUUUCUCAGACAUUCUUUAAGGCAAAAUUUGAUUAUGUAAAACAGCCUAUUCCUGAAAUGGGGUUGGAAGGAUUGUGGCCUAUGUUUUAUGAGGAAGAAGCAAAGAUGGCAAAUAUAUUCCUUGUGGCUUAUGGAGGGAAAAUGGAUGAGAUUCCCGAGACUGAAAUUCCAUUUCCCCAUAGGGCUGGCACCAUCUACAGCAUCAUAUACGUGGUGGAUUGGGAUGAAAAGGAUAAUAGAAAUUCCAAAAGGUUCUUGAAUUGGAUAAGGAGAGUUUAUGAUUAUAUGACACCUUACGUGUCAAAUUCUCCAAGAGAAGCAUAUGUUAAUUACAAAGAUCUCCAAAUUGGAUCCAAUAAUAUGUUCAGUUGUAAAGGGAGCUAUGCACAAGCCAAGAUUUGGGGUCGUAAAUAUUUCAAAAACAACUUCGAUAGGUUGGUAUAUGUAAAGACGAAGGUUGAUCCAGAAAACUUCUUUAGGCAUGAACAAAGCAUUCCCCCUCUUUCAUGUUUCUGAUACAAUUUCUUUGUCAAGCUUUCUAGUGAUGAAUAAUGAGUUAGUGAUAAAACAA